AUGAUUACACCUAUUCCUACGGGGAACUAUGCAGGUGUCGUUUAUUACGAUAUUACGCCUCCGAAUGAGACAUUAGAUGCAGAGAGCGACAAUGACCUGAUAUAUCCUCCAAUUUCGAACCAUGAACCACCGACAGUCGCAGUUAUUGGAGUGGGUUAUGUUGGGGAACACCUUGUGAUGGCAUUUGCUCAGAAAUUUCGCGUCAUCGGAUACGACGUCUCCGUUUCACGAAUUGCCGCCCUCAAACAGCGAGUCUCAUCAACUCAGAAUGUCUUGUUUACCUGUCGGCCCCAGGAUAUUGCGACCGCUAAGCAUUUCUUGAUAUCUGUUCCCACGCUUCUCAACCCAGAUAAGACAAUUGACGCAUCUUACUUGAAAGCCGCGUUGAAUACGGUUGGUCGCUAUGCUAGACCCGGCUCAACGGUCGUGAUUGAAAGUUCUGUGGCUGUAGGGAUGACGAGAGAGCUCCUUGGCCCUCUGUCUGUACGGAAAGGGUUCUUUGCAGGCAUGUCUCCCGAACGAGUUGAUCCAGGUCGCACAGAGCCUCCACCAUGCGACAUCCCAAAAAUCAUAUCCGGUUUAGACGAUUUGGCGCCAGGCUCACUGCAAGCCAUCCGUCAACUAUACAGCCAGGUCUUCAACCAGUUGGUAUCCGUAUCGCGACCCGAAGUUGCAGAGAUGACGAAACUCUACGAAAACUGUCAGAGGAUGAUUGGCAUUGCGUAUGCCAACGAGAUGGCGGAUGCCUGUAUUGGGCACAACAUUAAUCCCUUUGAAGUUUGCAAUGCGGCUGCCACAAAACCAUUCGGGUAUAUGCCAUUCACACCUAGCAUUGGUGUUGGUGGUCACUGUAUCCCUGUCAAUCCUUACUAUCUGCUGUCAAACACCCAGUUCCCCAUGCUUCAAGCGGCCACUGCUCGAAUGAGCAGCAGGCCGUCCCUCAUUGCAGAGAGGAUUGUCAGUCAGCUACGCAGCCACAAUUUAAAUGGAGUUCAACCUCGAGUUCUGAUCGUAGGCAUGGGUUUCAAGCGUGGCCAAGGUCACCUUUCACACUCCCCAGGCCUCGAGUUGGGCAAGAGUCUAGUGUUGUCCAACGCUGUGCGCGUAGCGUGGAUCGAUCCGCUGGUAAAACAAGAGCAAAUACCGCAGAUAGAGAGACUCGAUAGCUGUUACUGGAGUUGUGAGUAUCUCGAAGAAUCAUUUGAUUUCAUCGUAGUUGCUGUUCGCCAAGAAGGUCUGGACUUUGAAAUUUUGAAGCAGAUUCAAGGCGUAGAAAUACAAUAUUGGUGCUAG